AUGACUGCUUACGCUGCUGCCUAUUCGGCAAUCGGUGUUUCGGUGUUAAGCUUCGCUAUUUGUAUUUAUUCGUUGCGUGGCUUGGGGUCGAAGAUUAGCGCCAUCAAUGCGGAGAUUCAGGAGGAAGCGGAGGAAUUCCGCGGCAUUGAAACCCAUAUUUGGGGCGAAUAUCGGCACAAGGUUGCAUCAGCAAGCUUCGCCAAAAUGAGGGUGGCAAGGCAAGUCGGACAGUGCCAGUGCAAUAUCAACAACCGGUGUCCACCAGGACCACCUGGACCUCCCGGGCUUCCUGGACAAGAUGGAACACCAGGUCUUCCCGGACCGGCCGGUGCACCAGGACUGCCAGGAAACAUGCCAGCAAUCAACUACAACUUUGAAGGACACUGCCGUGCAUGUCCCAAUGGGCCACCAGGACCACCAGGGCCUUUGGGUCCACCUGGUCGGCCAGGCGGCAGCGGACCACCAGGACCAGCCGGAAACCGUGGACAAAAUGGAAAUACCGGACCACCGGGUCCUCCUGGACCGCCAGGAGAAGCAGCAGCACCAGGUCAUCCUGGUGCACCAGGUGCACCUGGAGCACCAGGACCACAGGGUGGCAAAGGAGAACCCGGACCACGAGGACCACCAGGACCUCCCGGACCACCUGGACCACCUGGACAACCAGGGCUCGCUGGAAACCAAGGACAACAGGGAUCACAAGGGCCGCAAGGACCUCCUGGACAACCAGGAUCAGACGGACAAAAUGGUGCUCCAGGACCGCGUGGCACACCCGGCGGCCCAGGCGAAGAUGCUACUUAUUGCCCAUGCCCACGUCGACGUGUCGCAGUGUCACUACAGAAGUCGUGA